AUGAACAAAGAAAAUGGAUUUCGGGUUUACAAUCCCAAUCCGGUUAACAAAGAGACUCGUAAGAGGGAAAUGUUUCAGAGGAUUGAUGAGAAAGAUGGUAUUAAAGAGUACGAUGCGAAGGAUCUUUAUGGGCCGGAGAUAACGGAUAAAGAUGGAGCCCUUUUGGAUGCUCACGACAGUUUCUACAUCACAACGAAGAGUUUGCUUGUGCUCUUCCAAAUUAUGGGAGUCAUGCCAAUUAUGAGAGUGCCGAAACUGGGCAGAGAGCGUUUAGCGAAUUUUCAAAACAGCUCCAAUAAGCGAUUUGACGAAGUCAUCUAUAAUAUUAUAUUUUUGAGCAUUUUAAUACCGCAUUUUCUUCUACCGAUUGCCUCGUGGCGACAUGGACCUCAAGUUGCUAUUUUUAAGAACAUGUGGACUCAUUACCAGCUGAAAUACUUAAAGAUCACAGGCACCCCUAUUGUAUUUCCCAACCUAUAUUCUCUCACUUGGGGUCUGUGCGUGUUUUCCUGGGGUCUCAGUUUCGCUGUGAUCUUGUCCCAGCACUAUCUGCAAGAUGACUUCGAGCUAUGGCAUUCGUUCGCUUACUAUCACAUAAUUGCCAUGUUAGACGGAUUUUGUUCGCUGUGGUACAUAAACUGCAACGCUUUCGGUACGGCGUCUCGCGGCUUGGCAAUGAACCUACACAAAGCCUUGGGAGCUGAACAUCCGGCGCUGAAAGUGGCACAAUACCGACAUCUGUGGGUCGAUCUUUCUCAUAUGAUGCAACAGUUGGGUCGCGCAUACUCGAACAUGUACGGAAUCUACUGCAUGGUAAUCUUCUUCACGACAACUAUUUCUCUAUAUGGAGCAUUGUCGGAAAUUUUGGAACACGGUUUGAGUUAUAAAGAGAUGGGACUCUUUGUAAUUGUUGGGUACUGCAUGACUCUUCUUUAUAUCAUUUGUAAUGAGGCGUAUCAUGCGUCUCGGAAGGUGGGAUUAGAAUUUCAAGUUCGUCUUCUAAACGUUAAUCUUGGAGCAAUAGACAGAAGUACACAGCGGGAAGUGGAGAUGUUUCUAGUGGCUAUUUCGAAGAACCCACCCAUCAUGAACCUUGAUGGUUUCACUAAUAUAAACAGGGAACUGUUUACCGCUAACGUAUCCUUCAUGUCAACUUAUCUGAUCGUGCUAAUGCAGUUCAAACUCACCCUUCUACGGCAAAGUGCUAGAAAGACACUGAAAUCUAUUGUGAAGGCAGUCUUCAAUACUUCUACGACCAUGUUAGAUGAUGAUUUCGACGAGGAUGAUGAAGAGUGA